AAAAUGGCAGACGACACGAGCGGCUUGCCUACUCCGGACACCGAUGAAAAAUUGAUGAAAAUCGAGGCAAAAUCAGCUGUCCGUGAGGUUAAAUUUGCCGUUGACUAUGUGGACAUUUCAGAGAAGCUGGACAAUACUGAUGAACAAGCUUACCUCAACGUAAAGACGAAGGAAGGCGAUAUGUUUUGCGUGGAACUCACGUUGCAAGGUUUUCGGAUUGUUGGCUCCACAUAUGAUUCCGUCCAAGAUGCGGACAAGACGUUGCCGUAUUAUGAGACAAUCUAUGCCCUCCUGGACAAGCACAGCCCCCAGUACAGACUCACAUUCGGAGAGGCUCUAGCCGACAAACUUCAACUCCUCCAGAACGAACAGAAGGAUGUCGAGGAGGAAAGUUGUGCCGAUGUUAACAGAACUAACUGAGGAAUGUCAUUCACUCUCAAGAGUUCUUGUGGAGAGGAACCUUGACAUCUUCUUUGGCAUUGCCUUGUACAACUGCUUGCCUUUCGAAACUUUGCCACAUUUUGCCUAGGAUCAACUGUUGGACAAUGUACUACGUCAUCAAAGCCCUUCUGAUGUGAUAGUUAUACAGCAUCACAAAUUUUGUUUGGCCUUGCCUUGUACCAAUACCUUUCAAAAUUUGUCUGUAAAUGAAAUAUAAGUUUUUAUAAUUUGAUUGUAGAGAUGCUCAUACUCGGAGCAGUCUACUGUUCUUAGAACUGACACACUUAGUUACAUGUACCUGUCCAUGUUUGUUGUGUUGUCAUUUAGCCUUCGAGAAAGAGUCUGCUAGGGCCAAAAAUGCAGGCAGUUAACUAUUUUUGACAUAAAAGUGAGACAUGGAAACAGUGCAUUGGAGACAAUGCUCACUUUCAGUUAAAACACUGAUCUGUUUUUCCGGACUAAACUUGCAAAUCACCAAAAAGUCUUUCCUACAGGGAACACACACAGCUCCCAUAAUAAAAUGAAUCUAAAUGCCAUAAAGUCCCCUCCUUGCUCGUUUCCCAACAGGCAUUUCUUACAUCGUGUCACCCAAGCCCAGAAGCAAUCAGAAAACUGAUGCAAAUUAAAAUACCCAUGAGAUCUUUCGGUCACAGGAAAAACAAGUCCACAGGCUAGGGCCAUAGCUCUCUGCAUAAUGUCAAAACGCUGUUUGAAUGCACUAUAGUUAAAGGGACUCUAGGGUGGAUUUCACAAAGGUAGUCUUAACUUAGGACUUGUCCUAGGCAAU